CUCACUGAGACUCUCCCGAGCUGCUUCUCACAGGACCGACACUCUAAGCAGCCUCUCCCAGGACUCUCUCGCCACGCAGCCUCUCCCAGGACUGUCUCCCUGCGCAGCCUCUCCCAGGACUCUCUCGCCACGCAGCCUCUCCCAGAACUCUCACAUUGAGCAGCCUCUCCCAGAACUCUCACAUUGAGCAGCCUCUCCCAGGACUGUCUCGCUACGCAACCUCGCCCAGGACUUUCACAUUGAGCAGCCUCAUGUAUAGCUCUUUCCCAGGACACUCUCUCAGAACUUUCACACUUAGAAGCCUCCCCAAGGACUUUAACACUACACAGCCACUCCCAGGGCUCCAACACUGCAAAUCCUCUCCCAGGACUCUAACACGGCAAAGCCUCUCCCAGGACUCUAACACAUCAAAGCCUCUUCCAGGACUCUUACACUUAGCAGCCUCUCCCAGGACUCUAACACUGCAUAGCCUCUCCCAGGACCUUAACAUUGCACAGCCUCUCCAAGGACUCUAACACUGAGCAGCCUCUCCCUGAACCUACAUACUCUCCCAGGACUCUUAUACUUAGCAGCCUCUCCCAGGACUCUAACACUGCAUAGCUUGUCCCAGGACCUUAACAUUGCACAGCCUCUCCCAGGACUCUAACACUGCAUAGCUUGUCCCAGGACCUUAACAUUGCACAGCCUCUCCCAGGACUCUAACACUGCAUAGCUUGUCCCAGGACCUUAACAUUGCACAGCCUCUCCCAGGACUCUAACACUGAGCAGCCUCUCCCAGGACUCUAACAUUGCACAGCCUCUCCAAGGACUCUAACACCGAGCAGCCUCUCCCAGGACCUACAUACUCUCCCAGGAUUGACACAUGAUGGCCUCCUCCCAUGAUCAACACCUGCUGCAGCCUCUCCUGGUUUUGUCUCUGGAUGGAGCCUCUCCCAGUCCCAACAAGGCUUUACUGAGCUCAGCCCAUGUACAAGUCUUCUCCAUAUCUAAGUCACGCACAAGCCUUUCCUGUGGCCCCUCCUACACCCAAGCCUUUCCUUUGGCCCCUCCUACUCUCAAGCCUUGACCUGGGCCUCAGAAUCCUUCCCUGGAUCCAACUGACUCUCAAGACCCUACUGAGUAGCCUAUCAGGAUAUUUGUUAAAGGAGAAUUUGCCAUUUGGGCAGAGACGUUUCCACUUGUGGCUCAGGGUCUGCCGGCUGAGAGCUUUGCGACCGACGCUGGGUUAAGGUGGUCUCCGGGAAGAUGCUGAGGUGCCCGUUGGUGUUGGUCCUGCUGUCCCUGUCCUGCACGGCUCAGGAGGGGAGAGGGGGCUACGGGAUGAACAUGUUUUCCAUCCAGACGUCUCAGCCGGACCCCUGCUACGACGAGAACGGCAACCCGAGAAGGUGCAUCCCGGACUUUGUCAACUCAGCCUUCGGCAAAGAGGUGCGGGUGUCCGGCACGUGCGGGAAGCCCCCGUCCAGAUACUGCGUGGUGACGGAAAAAGGCGAAGAUCGCUUCCGCAACUGUCACAUUUGCAAUACGUCUGACCCCAAAAGGGCUCAUCCGCCUUCCUUCUUAACCGACCUCAACAAUCCCCACAACCUGACUUGCUGGCAGUCGGAGAACUAUAUCCAGUACCCCCAAAAUGUCACCCUGACCCUCUCCCUAGGGAAGAAGUUCGAGGUCACGUACGUGAGCCUCCAGUUUUGCUCCCCGAGACCCGAAUCCAUGGCUAUCUUUAAAUCUAUGGACUACGGCAAGUCGUGGGUACCAUUUCAGUUCUACUCGACCCAGUGCCGAAAGAUGUACAACAAACCCAAUAAAGCCAUCAUCACCAAGCAGAAUGAGCAGGAAGCCAUCUGCACGGACUCCCAUACGGACAUGCACCCUCUCUCCGGGGGACUCAUCGCCUUCAGCACCCUGGAUGGGAGACCGUCCGCUCAUGACUUUGACAACUCCCCUGUCCUCCAAGACUGGGUGACGGCCACGGACAUCAAGGUGGUUUUCAGCCGGCUCCACACUUUUGGGGAUGAGAACGAAGACGACUCGGAACUGGCCAGGGACUCCUAUUUCUACGCCGUCUCGGACCUCCAGGUGGGGGGGCGAUGCAAGUGCAAUGGCCACGCUUCCAGGUGUGUCAAGGACAGAGACGACAACUUGGUGUGUGACUGCAAACACAACACGGCGGGGCCCGAAUGUGACCGAUGUAAACCCUUCCACUACGACCGACCGUGGCAGCGAGCGACAGCGCGAGAAGCCAAUGAGUGUGUGGCCUGUAACUGCAACCUGCACGCCCGGCGCUGCCGAUUCAACAUGGAGCUGUUCAAACUGUCAGGGCGGCGGAGCGGCGGUGUCUGUCUAAACUGCCGGCACAACACAGCGGGGCGGCACUGCCACUACUGCAAGGAGGGUUACUACCGGGAUAUGACCAAACCCAUCACCCACAGAAAGGCCUGCAAAGCCUGCGAUUGCCAUCCGGUGGGUGCGGCCGGCAAAACCUGUAAUCAGACCACGGGGCAGUGUCCUUGCAAAGAUGGCGUGACUGGCAUAACGUGCAAUCGAUGUGCCAAGGGCUACCAACAAAGCCGCUCGCCCAUUGCCCCCUGCAUAAAGAUUCCCGUGGUCCCUCCUACAACGGCAGCCAGCAGCAUGGAGGAGCCGGCAGACUGCGACGCCUACUGCAAGGCAUCCAAGGGCAAGCUAAAGAUCAACAUGAAGAAGUACUGCAAGAAAGAUUACGCCGUGCAAAUCCACAUCCUAAAGGCGGACAAAGCCGGAGACUGGUGGAAGUUCACGGUCAACGUCAUCUCCGUGUACAAACAGGGCACCAACCGCAUCCGGCGGGGCGACCAGAACCUGUGGAUCCGGGCCAAGGACAUCGCCUGCAAAUGCCCCAAGCUGAAGCCCACCAAGAAGUACCUGCUCCUGGGCAACGACGAGGACUCGCCCGACCAGAACGGCGUGGUGGCAGAUAAGAGCAGUUUGGUUAUUCAGUGGCGGGACACGUGGGCACGGCGGCUCAGGAAGUUCCAGCAGAGGGAAAAGAAGGGCAAAUGCAAGAAAGCUUAGGGGGCAACGGGGCAAACGACCCUCGGGAGAGAAGAGGGAGGACCGUACCCGCUGCCCCUCUAGGUCCCAAGCGAUAGGAUUUUCCAUUAGAAACUGUGGUUUUUUUUAUUUUUACAUUUUUUAUUUUUAUUUUUCCCAGAACUUGCGCUUCCCGGGUGUUUCUGGGAGAAUCCUUAGAGGGUCACUUAUACGUGAGACUGACACGCGUGCACCUAAUAUGUAGAGUUGUUAUUCACAGACGCACGAGAGGGGGGGUCCCACACAGAGAUCCCGCCCACGGGGCACGAAAGCCACGCCCCCCCUCUCUCUAUUGCCCUUCCGAGGGUCGCAAGCGCUAGGCCGGCGAGAGAUUUAACAUUUAAAGUAUGUAUAUCAUUGAAAUAACGGUUUUUUUUUAAGAGAAAGUCUUUAUUUUGUGUAUUUGUAUGUGUGUAGCCCCCUAGGGCCCCCCCAGCUGUACAUAGACUUAUACAGCGUUACCCGGCCAGUGUUGCCCCGCAGGGUAUCUGUAUACUGGUUGCUAUAGAGACACAGACACUACUAACGCCUAUUGGUAAUAAGGAUUUCAGUGCCAUUCCUGCCCCGGGGGCUAAAGUGCCGGGGCGCCCCCUUAGGGAUGGGGUUUAUUUUUGUAUUUUUUAUUGUGACCCCCAUUCCCACCCUGCACUGUUCCUUCUCCAGACUCCCCCGUACCCCCCCCAUGUUAGCAGCAUAAAACUGUAAUAUCACAAAAGCAAAGAAUGUUCCUCAA